GUCAUGACGCACUGACGUCGGUGAGGCUGCGAUGACGACGGGAUUCCACAGUGGGACGGGCCGACUCUGCAAAUGGCUACGAGGUGCAAUUUGUCGAUUUCUUCAUCGUUAAUCUCCUCUCCUGCGACUCGGAAGAAAGCGUAUACCCGCUCUGCCUCGCAGGCUGCCCUCAGGUUUCAAUGUCAUAACACUGAGUGACGGCACCAGCGUGGGAUCGUCCAAAACAAACCUCACCUCAUUGUUUUUAGCAGUUUGGUAAGAUUCUAGUGGACUGAAGUCUGCGAGAGAGAGCGGACGAGAGGUAGAAGACACGACAGUGUUGCACCCGCACUCCUUCACCGGGGCUAUGGAGGAGGAGGGGCAGCAGAGUUUGGAGUGCAUCCAGGCCAAUCAGAUCUUCCCUCGCAAGCCCCCUGUCCUGGAGGAAGAUGAUCUUCAGGUGCCCUUCCCAGAGCUGCAUGGAGAGUUUACGGAGUACGUGGGCAGGGCGGAAGAUGCCGUCAUCGCCAUGUCCAGCUACCGCCUGCACAUCAAGUUCAAAGAGUCUGUUGUUAAUAAUUGUUCGUGUGAGGUGUCAGUUCCCCUGCAGCUGAUAGAAAGUGUAGAAUGUCGGGACAUGUUCCAACUGCACAUUACCUGCAAAGACUGCAAGGUCGUCAGGUGUCAGUUUUCAACAUUUGAGCAGUGUCAGGAGUGGCUGAAGAGGCUGAGCGCAGCGGUCCGUCCUCCGUCCCGGAUAGAGGAGCUGUUUUCUUUCGCCUUUCACGCGUGGUGCGUGGACCUGUACACAGGAGAGAAGGAGCAGCAUGGAGAUCUGUGUAGGCCAGGUGAUCAUGUGACGUCACGUUUCCAUAACGAGGUGGAGCGGAUGGGCUUCGACACUCAGAACGCCUGGAGAGUAUCUGAGAUCAACAACAAGUACAAGUUGUGUUCCAGCUACCCUCAACUGCUGCUGGUUCCAGCCUGGAUUACUGAUAAAGAGCUGGAGAAUGUGGCGGCCUUCCGCUCCUGGAAGAGGAUUCCGGCCGUGGUUUAUAGGCACCAGAGCACAGGGGCAGUGAUCGCUCGCUGCGGUCAGCCUGAGGUCAGCUGGUGGGGCUGGAGGAAUGCAGAUGAUGAGCACCUGGUGCAGUCCAUCGCCAGAGCCUGUGCCGUGGACAGCAGCACCUGUAAAGGCGUCUCCAAUGGCUCCUUCUCCCGCGAGUACAUUAACGGAGCUGACCUCUCAGAUGUGGACUUUGACUCAUCCAUGACUAACAGCUCAGAGGUGGAGACACUGGCCAUCCAAGCUCGAAAGCUUUUGAUCCUGGACGCCCGGUCAUACGCUGCUGCCGUAGCCAACAGAGCCAAAGGUGGAGGAUGUGAAUGCCCAGAGUACUACCCUAACUGUGAGGUGGUGUUUAUGGGUAUGGCCAACAUCCAUUCCAUCCGCAAGAGUUUCCAGUCUCUGCGCUUCCUCUGCACCCAAAUGCCCGAUCCAGCCAACUGGCUAUCUGCUCUGGAGAGCACAAAGUGGCUGCAGCAUCUGUCCCUCCUGCUCAAGGCGUCUCUCCUCGUUGUUAACGCCGUGGACCGCGACCAAAGGCCCGUACUGGUGCACUGCUCAGACGGCUGGGAUCGCACCCCUCAGAUAGUGGCGCUGGCCAAACUCCUGCUAGACCCGUACUACCGCACUAUUGAGGGUUUUCAGGUGCUGGUUGAGACUGAGUGGUUGGACUUCGGUCACAAGUUCGCAGACCGCUGUGGUCACGGAGAGAACGCUGAAGACUUGAACGAGAGAUGUCCUGUCUUCCUGCAGUGGUUAGACUGUGUGCACCAGCUCCAAAGACAGUUCCCAUGUUCCUUUGAGUUCAAUGAAGCCUUUCUGGUGAAGCUUGUGCAGCACACAUACUCGUGUCUGUUCGGGACGUUCCUGUGUAACAGCGGGAAGGAGAGAGAGGACAGACACAUCCAGGAAAGAACCUGCUCCGUGUGGUCUCUCCUCAGAGCUGCCAACCGCUCCUUCAGAAACAUGCUGUACUCCUCUCAUUCAGAGACCGUGCUUCAUCCUGUGUGUCACGUACGCAAUCUCUUGUUAUGGACAGCAGUUUACCUGCCCAGCUCUUCACCCACAACCCCUUCAGAUGACUCCUGUGCCCCCUACCCCGCACCUGGUGCCAACCCUGAGGACCAGCCCCUGGGAAGGCGUCCUAAAACCCGCUCGUUUGAUAACUUGCCCAGCGCUUGUGAAGUCGGAAACCCUCUGACUUCCAAUCGACGUUCCAGCGACCCCAGUUUGAAUGAGAAAUGGCAGGACCAUCGCAGGUCUCUGGAGCUCAACAUUGGGACAGGGGUUGAAGGUGCUGUAUCUCCAGAUUCAGACGAGAGGGUCAACGGACAAAACGUGGUGGGGAUUAUGGAAACAUUGACCAGUGGGGGAACAGAGAAUGGGGAGGGGCUUGGGGAUGUCAGAUUGCCAAUGAUGGAGGGGGUUGACGAGGCGGAGCUGACAGUGGGUGUGGCUAUGGGUCAAAUGGAGAACAUUCUCCAGGAAGCUACAAAAGACGAGUCUGCUCCAGAUAGUCGCAGAGAUGCAAAGACAGACCACACUAACAGACAGAUUGAUGAUAUUGCACAUUCAGAAGAGGGUAGCAGUGGUAUUGAUGAUGCUCAGGAGAGCAAAAUUAAAAGCCUUGGAGAUGGAAAUGUCAAUGGACAUUGUUCAGAAGAUGGUAAUUCUGAAGCAUCUUCUGCUAUCAGCCAGGAUACCUCGGGAAACCAAGACUCAGAGGAAGUAGCCCUUGAGAAAUGCAUGAUACAAGAACACAACCCUUCUUGUAGCACGACUAAUUUCCCUUCCAAUGGCCUCAGGACUCUGAGUAACGGCCAUGGAGUCGAGAGACCACCAGGACGAGAAGUCGUUGAACAGCGUCUUUCUCUUUUGGAGAGCUCCACAGAGACGCUUACGGAGGACUUCGGCGUUCGUCCGGAGAGUCUGGCACCCUUAAUUAUUCCGCCACCUCUCAAAGCCCUCGCCGAAUCGUCGUGCCUCAAACAGGGUCUCCGCGCAGCAGCCGACCCACAAGGCGCUCCCAGGACUUUAAACAACAACCCUAAACGGCCGUCUCUCAGUGCCUUUCCGCCUUCCACUGACCUCCUCCACUCCGUGUGUAACGGAGACUCCCCCGACCCCGAGCCCUCCACGCCGCGCACAAAUGGGGAACGGGCCACACUUAGCCGACAGGUGUCACUCGCCAGCUGUGGCUCGCUGACUCUCCACGCACGGGGCACCUGCUCCCACCAUCGCUGCCUGCACUUGGGGUUUCUGGGCCGGCCGAGCUUCAGCCCUCCAGAGCCCCCUUCAGCCCGGAACCAUCUCGACGAUGACGGGUUGACCCUGCACACGGACGCCGUGCAGCAGAGGCUGCGGCAGAUCGAAGCAGGUCACCAGCUGGAGGUGGAAGCUCUGAAAAGGCAGGUACAGGAGCUCUGGAGCCGUCUGGAGAGCCAUCAGGCCGCUGGGAUGCUGCGACUCAACGGAGACAUGGGAGAUGAAGUGACCUCAAUCGCAGACUCCGACUUCAACCUGGAGCCCAACUGUCUGUCCCGCUGCAGCACUGAACUCUUUUCUGAGGCCAGCUGGGAGCAGGUGGACAAGCAGGACACUGAGACUUUGGAUUUGUUGCACCGGUGUAUGGAGAAAGAAUAUAAGGUGACCCGGUGGUACCCGGACCAUCUGGCUGCUCAGUGCUACGGCUGUGAGAGAGGAUUCUGGCUGGCCACUAGAAAGCACCACUGCAGAGGCAAGGAGCGUAUGGAAGAGGUUUGGAAUUGUGGGAAUGUGUUCUGUGCCAGCUGUUGCGAUCAGAAGAUCCCGGUGCCAAGCCAGCAGUUGUUCGAGCCCAGUCGUGUGUGUAGGUCGUGUUUCAGCAACCUGCAGGCUCCUGCGACGGCUCUGGAGAUCGAGCUGGACAAACCCAUCACGGCCAGCUCCAACUGAUCCCAUCCAACCGCCUGCACACGGACAACUGCUGAGGACCCACAGGACGAGAUGGAGAAGGUCCAGAGACUGUUUUGUGGGGGUGAAGUCGCUUUUUUCCCACCCGAAAGGGAAUCAUGUAUAUAUGGAACGAUGUGGAACGCACAGAAAGUCGUCCAGAGAGGAGAGGAGGCUUAGCACUUUCAGAUGGCGUUUGCAGAAGAGACAUUUUGCGAUCGAGAGCUUGUCUUCAUUUGCGAUGAAACUUGUCCUGUACCUGCUGCACAGAGGGAAGGUUUUUCACCAACGGCCAGCGGACGGUGCGCUUCUGCGGCGCGCGAGAGUAGGAUUUCUUCCCUCGUCAUCUCACAAAGAUCAGAUUAUCAGUGGCGUCCCUAGGGAUGCCAUAGGGCGAAAGGUGCUUCUGGGACGAGUCCGCAAGAUCCUAGCUUUGUUUUUGAGUCUUUCAACAAUCUGCUUUGCAGAAACCUGCUUUUUUUUUCCUUUCUUUUUGAGGUUGCACAAGUGAUUCUGGGUGCCACACAGCAUUCAAACUUUCUAGGGUUUGAAUGCACCAAAUUUCCAGACUCUUGGUUAGUUGCUCCAAAGUACUUUCUCAAAUAGAAACCAUUCACCUUCUCUCUAAUGUUGACUGUAUAGUGACAGGAAGUGAUGUCAGCAAGGGCCACUGGAGGGCGCUGUUGUCUUUCUGAUUUGCUGUGUGGAUGUCGGCUGGUUUAGAGACCUUCUCACUAAUGCUUUUUUUUUUGUAACAUACAUGCGAGACAAAUGAGAUAAUAUAUUAGAAUGUUAUAAGAAUGAGACGUAUAGCAUUUAAGAUGAGAAAUUGUAUAGAAUUCUUGAAUAGUGGCUCACUAAAUUAGUCACCAAAUAAGUUGUGUUGUUUUCCCCAGUUGUAGCCAUUUGGGGUUUUUCUUUUUAAUGUAUUUCUUAUUUUUGUCCUUCUAGUGACGCUGGACAGUUGUAUGUGGAGAGAGAUGUAUGUGAUAUGCUGCAUUAGGGCCCCAGAUGUUGUUGUUUUGUUUUUUCUUUGCGCUCUCAACACCUUAUUUAUUAUCAAGUUUAUUUUGUUUGAACUGUUUGUUCAAUCCUGACAAUUGAUCCACCACAGGAUAAUCAGUGUUGUUGGGCGUGAGCUGCCUUUGCACUGAAGAUGAAGCCCCUUCCACACACAUUUGAAAAAUGCUGCACAAAUCACAAUCAAAAUCUCGUUUGCUUCCCUUUCUAUUUUAUCUACUUUUUUUGGCCUUGAUCUUAUCAGCCAGAGUUCACCUGAUAAUACAUUUUCUGUCAUUUUCUCACGUCAUUCCAAACUGGUAGACUUUUUCUUUGCAAAAUUCUAAGAAUCUUCAUGCAACUCUUUUCCAUAUAAUGACAGUUCAUAGCGACUGCAAGUUUUAUCAUAUUGCUUUUGUCUCUUUUUUUUGGGCUUGAUGGAUGUGAUCACUAUUAUAUGGAAAAGAGUUAAAUGAAAAAGUAAAACUACAACGGCAAGCGAGUGAGUGACAAAUGACAAUUUGAAUUGUUUGCGGUGAAUUAUAACCUUGACAUUGGGCUCGCCAGCUGAUGCUAUAAUGACGUGAGAUCUGGAAGCUCCUGAGGGUUUAGUGCCGUGAUGAUGGGCGUUAAUUCCUAAAGCUGAUGACAUCUGCUUCUCUUUGUAGAAGUCAGUGCAGGAGUGUUUUCUGUGUCACCGGUGCGACAGCUUUUUCAUUAACGCCAAUCCAUGAAUGUGAAUUUUUUUUUUGUUUCCCAGAAAGAGUAAAUUCCAUGGGUUUAUAUUUUGCACAUUGGUAAUCAUCAGAAAUACACUGUCGCAGAUUUCUGUAAGAAUUAAACAAAGUGGAAUUCCAA